AUGACUGAAGUAAAAUCUGUUACAUUGAAACAAAAAUUCUGAAAGAGAAAAAAAGAAAAAUCAUUGAAGAGCUCGAUUUUCGAAUAUUUUUGCCAGCUCUUUCCUGGAAAUGCUUAUCAAGAAGAUUCUAUUCUGAAACAAAAAUUAGUAUUAGCAAUUGAAGGUACAAUUUGGUGCCUCCAAAUUAUAAGUUUACUAUGAGUUCCAGAUCUCCCAAUAAAAAAUUGAAGUAAAAAUAACACACUAUGAAAAAUCAUAGGCUAUUUGAAAUUUGACAAUGCUUGCUCUGCAGCAGGGAUAAUUGAGGAAUGCUUUUUAGCAAUUAUAAUAUUUACUUAUACAAGUUUUAUAAUCAUUGCUAUCUCUAUUAUUGCUAUUUACUAUUCCUAUAGCUUACCUUCUUAUGCCUUCAAAGUUUUUCGUGGAUUUAUUUACAUUUGAGCAAAUUUUUUUUUAGUAAAAUAUUUUUUUAUUUAUAAAAUGGCUGGUGACGAACGACCCUGCGCACCAAGUUUAGGUUUUUUUUUGGUGGAAGGAGCUGCCCAAAGGAUUGAAUUAGUCUUGAAGCGAGAGGCCAGCACUAUUUCCUCUGAUUAGCAACUCGACUAGAGCGGCAGCUUUUUCCACGACUCCGAAAGAGGCAGGGCAAAUUAUCUUAUCUUAUCUUGUCUUAUUUUAAUCUAAAAUAUUUUUUUUUAUUUUUAGCAUGUGCUUCUACCUGCGAAUUAAUUUUUGGAUGAAAAAAUUUAAUUAUUUUAGGCAUUUUAUUAUUUAUAAAACUCAGGGAGUAAAAGCAUAUUGUAAAAUUCCUUAUAAAUAUUACCUACUGUUGAGCUAUUAUCAAUUUUUCUUAAAUAUAAUUUUUUGCCCCAUGAUAAAAUCUCAGAAUACGACACAGAUGGGCAACUAUCUGAUUUUUACGUAAACUUUGGAUGUAAAAUAGUAUCGUUAGUUGCUUAAAAAGAACAUUGCAACCUACAUGUGGAAUCUUUUCCACGUGUGAAAAGAUGAUUCCAUAUGUGAAGCCCUUUUGAUUUCACAUGUGGAAAAGAUUCCACGUGCAGGUUUUAAUGUUCCAAAUUUAAGCAACUAACAAUAAUUAUUGUCGGAUUGAUGAUUGGGUUUGUGAUGAUUUUAUUCUAUACUGAAUUCGCAGCAGAAAUUAGACAUUCUGAAAUUAAAACAACACUAAAUGCAAAAGCGCACUCAAAGAUUGAUUACCAUAUAGCAAUUUUUACUUAUUUUUUCCCAAUUACUUAUGCAGUAUUUGCAGAAAAUUACAUAAUUUAUUUACAAAUUUCAGCAAUCAUAUUUUCGGGAUUUUUGAUAAAAGAAGCAAUCAUAUUUUUGCCUUAUUUUUCAUAUUUUGGCAAUACCACCAUUAUUCUUAAAUUAUCUUGUAUUGUCGUAAUUUCCUUUAUUUUUAUUUUAGGAAGUCUCAUGGACAACUCAUUGGCAAUUUCCAUACUAGCAGUUUUUAUAGUACCGUCAUUAGCAAUAUUUAUUGUCCAAUUUUCGUGCAAACUGCAAAUAAAAAGCAGCAAAAUCAUACCUAAGGACUUAAAAUGCAUAGAUUCUCAAUAUGAGCUAGAAAAAUCUGUACGACAUGAAAUGUGCUCAGGAAAUAUUGAGUAUAAGGAUGAAAUAAUCCAAAUUUUUGAAAAUUUUUUUAUAGAGAAAAGAUUAAACGGAAGCAAACUCCAAGCUAUAUGGGCAGCAAAUUACUGCUUUUAUACGCUGAAAGAUGAGUCUCUAGCUAAAAUUAAACUUGCUAACUAUACCCCUCUUGAGCGAAAAAGUAAGUGGAAAAAUCCCUAUUUUUGACCAAAAACCCUGAGUUAACAAAAAAUUUUUUUUUAUAUAAAAAUUUUUUAUAUAAAACAAAAAUUUUGAUAUGUAAGUUUAAAUUAUUAUAACGAAAUCUCUUGUUAAUUCUGUUUAAUUUUAAACAACUUCACAUUUAGAACAUAUUUUUUUCGAAUGGAAGAGUUAAUAUAAAAUUUAUAUUUAAAACUUAAAAAAAAAAAUUUAACCCUCUCGUGAUCGAACAAAAUUAUUUUGUUCGCUCACGGAGGGCGGAGUAAAAGUAAAAUAUUUCUGAUUCUGGCUUAG